UCGUGUAGGCUGGGAGGGUGCUGAGCAGGGCAGGGCAGAGGUCUGGGUGCCCACUGCCACUGCAGCCAUGCUGCAGCAGCCAUGCCACUGCAGGGGCGCUCAGCCCUGGGUCACACUUCUGCUCCUCCUAGGUCCCCUGUUCCUGGUGGCGCUCAGCUGGGGUCCCCAAGGGCAAGUGGUAAAGGAAGACCAGAGCGCCCUGGAGUUGUACUUCCCUGCCACCGUGGAAUACGCCCUACAUGAGUUCAACCUGAAGAGCCGGGACAGGAACGCCUACAAGGUGGUGCGGGUCCUCAAGUCGUGGAGAGAGAAGACAGAUAUCAGCAUGGUGUUCUCCAUGGAGCUGCAGUUUGGCCGAACCAGGUGUGGGAAGUUCGACGAGGACAUUGACAACUGUCCGCUUCAAGGAAACCCAGACUUGAACAAUACAGUCACCUGCUUCUUCACCAUCAGCACCGACCCAUGGAGAACAAAGUUUGACCUCCUGAAUGACACCUGUUUGGAGGGACACCAGUGAGACCACACUCCAGCCUGGCCUCCUCGGCCCUGCCCCCAGGCACUCAUGGUGCCCUGAUGGGGCCGCCCAGCGUCUCAGCAGCUCUGGUCCUGUUCUCUUCAUGAGCAGGGGCCUGGGUGUCCCACCUGGGCCGUGUGGAAAUCCCUCUCUGUCCCCUUCAUCCCAUAGAAUUAGUAUUAAACACCAGCGUUUCAAGCA